AUGAAGUACGGAUAUAGCCUCGUCGCAUCCUUGCUUGUGCUGGGACUCCAACCAAGUGGUGCCUUUACUUCACUGCCUCAAAAGCGUGCUGAAGUCUCCAAGAUUGGUCGCAUCACUCCAUCCAUCAGCAGCCCAAUAGUCUCCUACAACGACAACAACAAAAGUGCUAGUGGCCUCAUUUUGGCGUCUUCAGAAAACAGUAAUGAGGCAUCGGAAUCUUCGUGGGCAUUUAAUCCACUCUAUGCCUCUCUGUGGCUAGGAUUCCUCGGCUUUGCUGCCGCGGGACCUGGAGAUUUCUUUUCUCCUGCCGACACGGCCAUGAUUACGUCUUACAUUGAAAACCCGUCGGAUCCAGGCUUUGCCGAAGGAUUCCAGUUGGUGUUUAACUAUCUAGGAUUGUUGCCCAUAAUUAUUGCCUGCACGGCAGUACCGCAAGCCUCGCAGAGAGGGUUGCCUCCAUUGCCAUUCUUGGUGGCGAGCUUUGGCGCGGGAUACGCAGGCGUCGGUCCCUACCUAUCCUUUCGAGCGCCACCAAGGGAAGAAUUCAUUCCUUCAGAAGCGGGCUGGUUCACUCGUAAUGUCCUGGAAAGCAAACUAUUGGGAUGGGGGGUGGUAGCUGGAGCUCUGUUCCUCCCAAUCUACGUCGGCUUUGCGGAUGCCCUGCUGACAGACGCUUCUGCAGCGGUUCAGAGUUAUGCGGACUUGUUUAGCGCUUCCAAAUUCGUUAGUGCGUCCAGUAUGGACCUGCUGAUUCUCAAUAUCGUUGCCGCUACCUUGAUUCCUCGCGAUCUCAAACUUCGUCUUCCCGACAUCGACGAGCAAAAAGCCAGGCUGAUUGGUGCAUCCACGCUGUUGGUGCCUGUCGUGGGAGCGGCUCUGUACUGCGCCCUGCGACCGGCGUUGCCGGCUAAUGAAGACUAA